AACAAUACAAGAAAACUUCCGAGAAACGAUUACGACUCGAGUAGAUCUACCCCAUGGCCCAUGAUUACGAGUCAAGAAAGGGGUGGCCCAUUGUAGGAUAAUACUAGUUUAUGCUCUAGCUAAUACCGCCGUCCGGGUAUUGCAUUUCCUAGUAUUAGUGAUGGCGUCCAGCAUCACUGAAGAUCCUGUGACCCCCGAGGUGGAAAAAGUGAUCCAGAGGGUGAAAGACUCGCGGUCCAAACUGGGCACAGAACGUGGAAAGCAGGCAGCAGCUUCCUUCCAACCAAAACCUAGUGAUGUGUUCAUUUCGAGCACACCGAAGUCGGGCACAACGUGGAUGACACAAAUUUGCCAUCAGCUACGCACUGGUGGUGAUAUGGAUUUUGGUGAAAUCACCGAGGUGGUGCCUUUCCUGGAAUGUGCUGCGGAUUUGGGACUGAAUUGUGAUGACAAACAGCGAGCUGAGCCAAGGCUGUACAAAACACAUUUCCUGGAAGCUUCAUGUCCCAAGGGUGGCAAAUAUAUCACCACAGUGCGCCACCCAUACGACGUGGCAGCAUCGGCAUACACAUUCCUGUGCGGCUGGCUGUUCGAAGAAGACGAACUCGGUCCGAACAACCUCCUACAACAGAUAACCUUCAAAUCACCUCUUCCGCAAGUUGUAACGCCUGCGAAUGCUGGCAGCACAACACUAUUCGACCACUACAUGGGCUGGUGGCCUCGGCGACAUGACAGCGAUGUCUUGUUUGUGUUCUACGAGGACAUGAAAGAGGAUCUGGAGCGGGAGGUGAAGCGCGUUGCAGAGUUUAUUGGAGUUGACGACGCCAGUGCGGUGGAAAUCGCCUUGAAGAGAUCGAGGUUUGAUUACAUGUUUCAGCACCGCGAGCAGUUUAAUGACAACUUGGUGAAAAAGAAGCGAAACGUUGACAUGGGCCUUUCGCCAUCAGCGGGCAUGCAGCAUGGUAAGGUGCAAACAGCUGGUGGCAAGCAACACUUGCUGAAUGAUACCACGCGGGCUCUCUUGGAUGCUGCCUGGACACGUAUGUGUCUACCGGUGACGGGCGCAACGGACUAUGAGGAAUGGAGGCGGAUGUGGCGCAAGGAGCAGGACUCUGCUGCUAGCCGCCGGCCCGGUGAUGACCGAGACCACCAACACCAAGAAGAACUGUAGUAAUAGUAAUGCUUGCAUCUGUAACUCCAGUCCACAUGCACACGCGUCCUUGGUGCAACCCAAGGUAGCUGAUAGAUCCCCUCGUCUAGCGUUGCUCAGAAAGGAGCACGUCAACUGGAGAGUUGGUGGUGUCAUUCAUCGGCCGAUCACACACUAGUCUGGGGAUUCAAUGGUGCGGUGAGUGAUUGCACUGGCGAGUCAUUCGUUGCCAGUGUGCUCAGGCGGAGUCCCAUGAGGCCAGUGUUCUGUAUGCUGAAUGCUGUAUCCAUCCCUGGCUCUACUGCACAAUGGUUAGCUUUUAAACCCAGCUUGGCUUGUUUGAUAGUCAGCAGAGAUGCACUAUUGAGUAAGGAUAGACCACGUUGCUGGAUACAACGUUACUACUCACUUUUAUCUAUUUUAGGCUGCGAAACAACAUUCGUGAUUCCGUGAUUCACUCAUUCAACGUAUGCCUGACGUCUACCAAUGAGGUCAAAAAGAGCGAAGCAGCUGUCUGGACAGUUGCAAUAUUUAUCACAAAUUAUCAGUAUCAUUUCCAGAAGUGCCAUCGCUGUUGUUUAUUUAUUACUUUUAUUACAGUGCACAUACCUACGAAAAGAAGGGAAACCAAACACAAACUUACACAACGUACAGCAAUGUGU